AUGGCACCCAAGAAAGAGAAAGGCGGGGCGACGAGCACCAAUUCUAAGCCAUGGGAACCGUCGCUCAUUGCUGCACCCUUCAAUCAGAACGACUGGAAGGGCUCCAUCGCUUUUGUUGUUGGAAACCGGACUGAGGACGAUCUUCUCAUUCGAGCCCUUGCCCUCGCAGUCCAGGCCCCUCAGCGGAAGCUCUUCAGUCUGAUAUCAUGGCAGGACGUUCUCCGGCAGAUUGAUGAAGCAAAUGUACUCUUUGGAACCGCAGCUAGAAAGGCAAAGAACCCAGGAGGCAGUAGCAUUCCCUUAUAUUACGAGGUGUUAAUAGCAGCCAAAGCAAUUAUGGACAGUGGAGAGAAAUUAACCUUACCACUAAUAGGGAAGCUCUUGAAAUUUCAACUUCUCCAGAUUAAAUCUAAGGACCAACAGCGACGGGAAAACGAAAAGAAGGUGAGAGAAGACAGGUUUAAGACAGAAAAGGAUAAAGGGAGGGCAAAAUCUCCCAAGGAGAAGAAAGCCCCAAAUGCCAGCGCUGCCAAAGGAAAGGGGAAGGAUCAGCCCGAGGCGAGCACAGUGGUGAAAAAGACAACCCAGCUGAAACGGCGAGGGGAGGAAGAUGAGACCAGAGUUUACAUUGACGAUGAGCCAGAUGAUGGUGCCCAACAUUACAUUAUAGUUGUGGGCUUCAACAAUCCUCAGCUAUUAGCGAUUAUGACUGAGCUUGGCAUUCCCAUAAGCAGCGUGAUUAAAAUAUCUUCCGAGAAUUAUGAACCUCUGCAGACACACCUGGCAGCAGUUAGCCAGCAGCAGGAAGUUUUUCUUCGGCCAGAAGAUAUAGAAGCUGAGAAGUUGAAGAAAGAGAAUGCCGUAAAAGAACUUGCCAUUUUCUGGAAGUACUUGGAACCGAUCCUGAAUAAUGAGAAACCUGAAACAAAUCUCUUUGACGUUGCUCGGCUGGAAUACAUGGUGGAGGCAGCUGCCUUUCCUUCCAACUGGCUGGACGGCAAGAUGCUGCUGGACUUGGGCACCAGUAUUUUUGAAAGCGUCGCCUGUCUGAUGUAUGAUGUACUGGACUGGAAAAGGCAGCACCAGCACUACCUGGAAAGCAUGCAGCUCAUUAACGUCCCGCAAGUGGUUAGUGAGAAACCGACCUUAGAGGCCCCGGGGAUUUCCGAGACUCCACAACCCGUGGCUCCAAGCGCUGGGAAGAAAAAAGCACAAAACGAAGGACCGCAAGCGCCACCAUCAGUGGGUUCGGUCAUCACCACCGAGGUAGACAUGCGGUAUUACCAUGAUUUGCUGAAUCCGAUUCCAGAAGAGUUCAUCUCUGUGCCCCUGAUCCUGCACUGUCUGCUGGAACAGGUUGUAGCAACGGAAAAAGACCUCAUCCCGCCCAGCCUGGUGGAGCCGCCCCCCAGAGCUGACGGGCUGGACCACAGAAUCGCAGCUCACAUUGCGUCCAUCCUGCCCUCACUCUGUCUCACAGAGAAGGAGAAGAAGAAUCUCCAUGAAGUAUUUUCAUGUCAAGAAGAAAGCAAAAGCAAAAGCAAAACAGCACCUGAAGGCCCUCUCCUGCUGAACUACCACGAUGUGCUUGCCCAUAAGAAGUACGUACUGAAGGACCAAAAGAAUUUUGACCCAGUUCAAGUUGAGCGGGAGAUGCAGUCCAAGCUGCCACUGUGGGAGUUCCUUGAAUUCCCUCUGCCCCCACCUUGGAACAGCACCAAGCGCCUAGCUGCAAUUCACGAGCUCAUGCACUUUUGUACAAAUGAGCCCCUGAGCUGGAACGAAGUAGAAAGAGCCUUCAAAGUGUUUACUUUCGAGAGCCUGAAACUCUCUGAGGUUGAUGAAGAAGGGAAGCUAAAGCCUUCUAGGAAGAUGUAUGGGACAGACUCUGAGACAUUCAACAUACCGUGGGACAACCCUGCCAGAUUUGCUAAACAAAUCAGGCAACAGCAUCUCACAAAGCUGAACAGCCGAGAGGCCAGACACCAAACAGAUACUGAAACCAAAGACAGAAUUUUAUUUAUGGAUGAGAGUUUCUCAACAUCUGUGCAAGAUAAUGAGAUCAAUAAAGAACCUUCAGAUCCUGGCCAGCCUGACGCUGACAGUAUGAAGCAUUCUGACCCAAAUAAUGAGAAACCCUUAGACCCUGAUAAUAGAGAGCUGUCAGAGCAGGAGACUGGCAGGAAGACUCAGCAACCACCUGCGCCUUUGGAGCAGACCACGAACAAUGAGAUCAAAGAUGAAGCAGUCACAAAGGCUGAUUCUCUUGAAAAGAAACCCAAGAAGAUGACUGUGGAAGCAGAGUUGGAGGACAUACAGAAAACGCAGCAACGCAGUCUAGUGGACUGGAGUUUCACUGAACAUUUUAAGCCGGAAGUCCUGCUGCAGGUUCUUCAAGAAGCCAAUCAGCAAUACAAGUGUAUUGAUUCUUAUUACCAUACCCAAGACAACUCUUUACUUUUAGUCUUUCAUAACCCAAUGAAUAUAAAACGUCUGCAUUGUGAACGUUGGAAUAUUGCUCUUCACUCCAAUGUUGGAUUCAGGAAUUUUUUGGAACUUGUUACAGAAUCUAUCCAAGAUUGGAUCAUAAAAGAAGAAGCUAUAUAUCAGGAAUCUAGAAUGGCUGAGGAAAUCUCUGGGGCCAAGGGUGAGCUGGAAUUGAAAUCUUCUAUUAAUGCCAAAAUUGUUUCUCCUAGCAAAAUGUAUUUUGUUAAAAAAAAUCUGAAAGCAAGUAAAAGACCGAGCAAAACAGAGAUAGCAGAUCAGGAAAAAGAAGAAGAGAAGGAGAAAAUGUCUUUCAUUUUAAAAGGCUCUCUCAAGGCAUGGAAAGAAGAACAAGAGCCAUCAGCGGAAGAGGAACGCUUAAAGGAAGAAAAAAAAGCAGAAAAGAAGAGUAAGGAAACUGGUAAAAAGAAAGGCAAAGAAAAGGUAGAGAAAGAAGAGAGUGGAAAUGUGAGGAGAAGAUCUAUUUUCCAGGAGAAACCUAGAGAAGAGCAAAGAAAGCCCUCAGAAACACCUGAGCAGGCCCUCCAGGAACCAGAAGCUGAGGUAGUCUACCCGUUUCGUGGAUACAAUAUGGGAAAUAUACCCAUCCAAAUCUCAGGAACAAAUUACUAUCUCUAUCCUUCAGAUGGAGGACAGAUUGAAGUAGAAAAGACAACAUUCGAAAAAGGCUCAACUUUUAUCAAAGUGAAAGUGAAAAAGGACAAACACAGUUUUAUAAUUCAUUUAAAAGACCCUAAGAAAAUUGUGAAAAAGGAAAAAAAAGAGGAUUAUUUUUCAGAAGAUGAAGAAGAAAGAGAGGGAGAACAGAACACUGUAACAGAAAAAUCAAAGGCAGAGAAUAAAGCUGUCAGCAAGUUUGGAUCUUUUUCUGCCACCUUGGAAAAUGGGAUCUGCCUCUCAAUAAGUUACUACGGAUCCAGUGGAAAUGCACCAGAGGAUAAGGAUCCUAGCUUGGAAGCAAUGUUGAAUAUCCCAUCAGCACUUCUUCCAACAGUAAUUCCUGUUAUAGCACCCGUUCCUCAAGCCAAAGGAAAGGGAAAAACAAAAGGCAAAGAAAAACCCAAAGAACCUAUUAAAGAAGAGGAGCACCCAAAAGAAGAAGAAAAAAAGGAAGAAGUAGAACCAGAACCCGUUUUACAAGAGACUGUUUUUGUUCCUACCUUCCAAAACCUAAAUGUAUCUUGCCCCAAUGGGCUCCUGGUGACCUUCGUUGGGCAAGAGUCAACAGACAAGUAUGUUAUCGAUGAGGAACCCACUUGGGACAUAAUGGUCCGACAGAGCUACCCCCAGAAGGUGAAGCACUGUGAGUUCUACAGAGCGGCGAUGCCACCGGCAGAGCAAGAGGCCUCGAGAGUCAUCACCGGUCAGGGCACUGUGGUCAAGUACAUGCUGGAUGGGUCCACGCAGGUCCUCUUUGCAGAUGGCGCUGUGAGCAGCAGCCCCGACUCAGGACCCGUGUGUGCCCCUGCUGAAAUGCCGGCGAGCGCUCCCAGUGGAGACCUGCUGGACUCGGUUUCUCAGCCAAAAUCAGAACGAGUGUCGUCGGAGACGGUCCUCACAAAGAAAGGCAAAAGUCACAAAAAUCAGUCAGCAGUGUCACAUAAGAAUGAAAUCCAUGAACCUCCCACAGAAACAGUUCAAGGAGUGACUCCCACGGAGAUGCACGUAGGCACCUGGUUUACAACCACACCUGAAGGAAAUCGGAUUGGCACCAAAGGAUCAGAAAGAAUAGUCGACUUGGCACCGUUUUUAUCCUUUCAGUCCACAGAUCCCAUCACUGGAACGGUUAUGACAACACGAGAGGACAAAGUGAUCAUUGUCCAAAAGAAAGACGGUACUCGGAUAGUCGAUCAUGCUGAUGGUACCAGGAUCACAACCUUUUAUCAAGUUUAUGAAGAUCGUAUUAUUUCCCCAAACGAUCAAGAAAUUACUGAAGGUCCUCGGACUGUCACCAGGCAGGUGAAGUGCAUGAAGAUAGAAAGCUCACACUAUGCCACUGUCAUCACCAACUGCGAGGACAGCAGCUGCUGUGCCACCUUUGGGGAUGGGACGUCUAUUAUUGCAAAGCCACAGGGAACGUACCAGGUGUUACCUCCAAACACAGGCAGUCUUCAUAUUGAUAAGGAUUGUUCGGCUAUCUAUUGCCAUGAAUCAAGCAGUGAUAUAUACCAUCCUUUCCAAAAAUGUGAGCAGCUGAGAGCUGGCACGUACAUCAUGAAGCACACUUCACAGGUUGUCUGUGAGGUUCUGGAUGCCAACGGGAACACCUUUCAGGUCAUGGCUGAUGGUAGCGUAUCAACUAUGAUACCUGAAAACAAUUUGGAAGGUGAUUUAUAUGCGACCCCUGAAGGCUAUGAUAGUUUGUCAUCUGCUCACCUCUAUAAGAACCAUCUGCAAAUCUAUGGUGAGCACGUCCCCAGGUUUUUUGUCAUCUAUGCCGACGGGUCAGGAGUGGAGCUUCUCCGGGACAGCGACAUAGGAGAACACCUGUCCUUGGUGUACGGAGAAGCGACCGCUGUUGUUCUGCAGGAGCCAGUACAGGAGCAGCCAGGCGCCCUCUGCAUCACCGUUCUUCGGCCUUUCCAUGAGGCAUCACCGUGGCUGAUGAAGAAGGAAUUAGACACCAUUGUUCCUCCUAAUCUGCAGUCGCGGACAUGGGAGACGUUUCCCCCAGUCGAGAAGAAAACCCCGGGACCUCCGUUUGGCACUCAUAUCUGGACAGGCCUUUACAGCGGGGCCAGGCAGCUCGUGAGCGCCCCCGCCCCGCUGCUCCGGAGCCCGAGCGUGCUCCAGAUACGCCAGUUCAUCCAGCACGAGGUCAUAACGAGCGAGGUGAAACUGAGGCUGCAGACCUCCCUGAAGGAGUACAUAAACCACACCCUGAAGAAAGAGGAUGAGCUGCAGGACAGGACAGUGAAGGAUGCCAGGACCGAGGAGGAGCGAGGCAGCGCCGCGGAUCUCCUCAAGCUGGUGAUGUCUUUCCCUAAGAUGGAAGAAAGUACAAAAAGUCAUGUUACUGAAGUUGCAGCCCACCUAACCGACUUGUUCAAGCAAUCUUUGGCUACUUCUCCAGAAGAUCUGCCAGACACGUUUGGUGCAGAUUUCUUUGAGAAGAAGUGGAAGCACACAGAAACAGGAAAGCACUGGAAAGAAAAGAUAACUCAAAAGAGGAAGGAAAUUGAAAAUACACAGGAUUAUUUAACCAAAAUUAGGAACAAAGAGAUAUCACCCUACUUCAAGUCUGAUUUGAGCAAGUUGUAUCAGUCUCAGUUUCAUUAUCUGAACACCCUUUCCAAAAAUUUGCCGGCUUUUACGAAGAAGGAUGAAGAUGCAAACAAAACAGUUGUUCAAAAUACAUAUGAUCUUCAUCGAGAUCUCCAGCCAAAAGAAGUUUUAGAACAGGAAUCCUCAAAUACAUCUAGUCUUCCCAAACUGAAGAGCUCCGUGGGUAUCAAGGAGUCCCCUAAACAGAAGCAAACUAAAAAUUUAACAAACUCCCCGGCAGAACCGGAACUGUGUGUGCCCGUGAAAAUUCCCACCCAGUCACUGUUGCAGGAUGUUGCUGGACAAGCAAGGAAGGAGAAAGUGAGGCUCCCUCACUAUUUGCUGAGUUCCAAGCCCAAGUCUCUGCCUCUCCCAAAGGUGCAGGAUUCUGUUGGAGGAAGAGUGAAAACAUCCUCUGUGGCAUCUGCUGCCAUUAAGAACACAAACUCAUCCCCUUUUGGCUUCCACCUUCUCCCUCCAUCCGUGAAGUUUGGGGUGUUGAAAGAAGGGCACACCUAUGAAGCCACUGUCAAGCUCAAGAACGUUGGAGUGGACUUCUGCAGGUUUAGGGUGAAGCAGCCCCCACCCAGCACAGGACUGAAAGUGACCUACAAACCUGGGCCUGUGGCAGCCGGUUUGCAGGUGGAACUGAAAGUGGAGCUAUUUGCCAUGGCCCUGGGUGAGGACGGCGCCAAGGGGUCGGCACAUGUCUCGCACAAUAUCGAGAUCAUGACGGAGCAUGACGUCCUGUUCUUACCUGUGGAAGCGACAGUGUUGACAAGCAGCAAUUAUGAUAAGAGACUAAGCGACCUUCCCGAGGGAAAGGACAAUCCCGCGGUCCAGAGGAUGUCUACAGUUCCCUCCCGCACCCUGGGACUCUUCCUGUCCCGGAAGGCCUCUCCGCAGUAGGCCCACUUUACAAAUGGCUUUGUGUUCCUGCAUCUUUGCAGUUUCUUCUCGGUAGAGCUCAAUAGCCUCCAUGACCCUCUCGGCCUACAUGACGAUGACAAAGGACAGACGUCAUCACAACACACGCCUUCAUCCCGGA